AUGUGUUUGCGUCUUUUUCAUCUCUAUUUGCAAGAACAAUUAAAGGAUUUGUAUACUAUUUUGUGCUGUGAAAUUCCAUCUGUAAAAGAUGUUUGGAAAUGGGUCAUUGGAUCACAGAUAGGAAAAAUCACAAAGACUGAUUUUACUCCUUACAGUAAUUUCCAGAUCAGUCUUUCAGUGACAUACCCAGAUACUGCCAAAGAAUGUUUUAAAUUGUUCCAAAAAUGUCCUGAAGCAUUUCCAAACAGAAAAAAGAGAAAAGCAACUGAAGAAGAAAUCUACACAAGGGCAGCUAUAUUAAAAGCAGUAGAACUAGUAUCUUCAGAAAUCAAUAGCCUUUUCACUUUUCCUCCAUCACCUCCAGACAAAAGCUGCAUUUUUCAUGAUAUAUUGUGUACUCGUUCACCUCUUUACCUUGGUGGUCGCUAUAAUAAAUAUUCCCGUGAGCUCAGUCAGACUCCUUGGAUAGUGGACGGUGAACGUAGAAUGGAUUCGUCAGUAAAUGAACUUAUCACUAAUGUUGUGCAGAGAAGAAUUUAUGCUGAUAAAAUUGUCUUUUCUGCAUCUGGAAGAGAAGAUGUAGAUGUGAAAAUGUUAGGAAAUGGACGGCCAUUUGUACUGGAAAUCUUGAACCCAAGAAGAGUAAAGUUGUCUGAUGCAGAAAUGAAAGAUAUUGAAAAUGAAAUUAAUGCCAGUACUGACUCUAUUGCAGUGAAAGACUUACAAAUUAUUACAAAGCAGGACACAUUGCUUUUGAAAGAAGGAGAAGAACAGAAGCGGAAAACAUAUUCUGCAAUUUGUAUUGUCAAGAAGACCUUAUCACAAAAUGAUGUUGAUAAGUUAUUACUUUUGAAAGAUCUGAAGAUACAACAAAAAACACCCAUAAGAGUGUUACACAGGCGUAAUCUUGCAACAAGAGAAAGGUUAUUGCACAGUAUUGAUGCAAAAUUACUUGACAGUCACCUUUUGCACCUAAAGCUUGAAACUCAAGCUGGAACUUAUGUGAAAGAAUUUGUACAUGGUGAUUUUGGGAGAACAUCUCCUAAUCUCGGAAUGUUGUUAGAUACAGAAGCUGAUAUUUUAGAACUAGAUGUUGAGUGCAUCCAUUUGGAUUGGCCACCAAAAACAUCAUCCUGAUGAAUGCUAAAUAUUAAAUUUUUUCUCUUAAAAA